GGAUGAGUACCGGCGCGGGUUAUCACCAGACAAUGGGUCCUGAGUUAAUGACAGGCCACCUAGUUCAUUCGGAGGGCGUUUGUGGUGACGGUUGGGACCUAUUUCACCACGAAAAUGACAAUAUAUGCUACAAAUACUACCCUGAUGGUUUGGGCGACUACCAGACUGUGGCCACAGCGUGUAAGGGGGACCUAAACUCGUCGCUACCUAUCAUUAAUUCUCAGGCAGAGCAGGACUUUCUCAAUAAACUGAUGAUAAAAUAUAAAAUGAUUGAAAACGUAUGGCUCGACGCAACCAUUAAAGGCAAACACAUUGUAUGGACCGACAGGAGUAACGCUGACUAUGAAAACUGGUUGCCCGGGCGGCCGGUCAAUGAAAGCAACUGUGUGGAAAUGUUGCCUGAUGAGGUCAAUCUGGGUAAAUGGGCAGAUGUACCAUGCGCCAAGAAAAAUGUUUAUCUAUGCAAGCGUUUUGUGGCAUGGUCAGAUCAACAAAUGGAGCGUUUGAUUAGAGAAAAUACGCGCAUGGUCGAUGAAGCACUGGCCGAAAUUGCACUGUUAAAGACCUGUCCACUACCGGUUGGUUUUAUGUACGUACAGUUGCCGGGCCAGCUCGAUCCUAAUACCUUGUGGCCUAGAUCCAAAUGGUCUGAUGUGACUGUGCAAUAUGCGGGUCAGUUUUUUCGGGCCGAAGGGGGCAAUAGUCUAGCUUUUGGCGCAGGAGUGCAAACUGGUGACGCGCCCAGAUUGAGGGAUGCUACCGGUCCGGACAAUGAUGAUUUUUAUGUAAAGUUUUUGGUUAAUGCGGCUGAAGUGCGGCCCAGUAAUCAAGCCGUGCGCAUUUUCCGUCGCGAUAAA